AUGAUGGGCCCUGAGGAGUACCGAGAGAGAGGGAAGGAGAUGGUGGAUUACAUCUGCCAUUACCUGAGCACUGUGCGAGAGCGCAGAGUCACUCCAGAUGUGCAGCCUGGAUACCUUAGAGCCCUGAUGCCUGAGAGUGCCCCCGAGGAGCCUGACAACUGGGACAGCAUCUUUGGCGACAUUGAGCGAAUGAUUAUGCCUGGGGUGGUCCACUGGCAGAGCCCGCACAUGCAUGCUUACUUCCCAGCUCUCAACUCUUGGCCUUCGCUGUUGGGAGAUAUGCUGGCCGAUGCCAUCAACUGUUUGGGAUUCACUUGGGCCUCAAGCCCUGCAUGCACAGAGCUGGAGAUGCACGUCAUGGACUGGCUGGCGAAAAUGCUGGGGCUCCCCGAACACUUCCUGCACCACCACCCCAGCAGCCAGGGAGGAGGAGUGUUGCAGAGCACUGUCAGCGAGUCCACCUUAAUUGCCUUGCUGGCUGCAAGGAAGAACAAAAUUCUACAAAUGAAAAGCUCAGAGCCCGAAGCUGAUGAGUCAAUUCUGAAUGCCCGGCUUGUUGCCUACACUUCUGAUCAGGCUCAUUCCUCUGUGGAGAAGGCUGGACUGAUUGCACUUGUGAAGAUGAGGUUUCUGCCCGUGGAUGACAACUUUUCACUCCGAGGAGAGACUCUUCAGAGAGCCAUUGAGGAGGACAAGGCUCGGGGCUUGGUGCCUGUCUUUGUCUGUGCCACACUUGGUACCACUGGAGUCUGUGCAUUCGACUGCCUGGCAGAGCUGGGACCCAUCUGUGCCCGGGAAGGCCUGUGGCUCCACACGGAUGCUGCUUAUGCGGGCUCGGCCUUUCUGUGCCCUGAGUUUCGGGGCUUCCUGGAAGGCAUCGAGUAUGCAGAUUCCUUUGCCUUCAACCCCUCCAAGUGGAUGAUGGUGCACUUUGACUGCACUGGCUUCUGGGUCAAGGACAAGUACAAGCUGCAGCAGACCUUCAGCGUUGACCCCAUUUACCUCAGGCAUGCCAACUCGGGCGUGGCCACCGACUUCAUGCACUGGCAGAUUCCCCUGAGCCGGCGAUUUCGCUCCAUCAAGCUCUGGUUCGUGAUUCGUGCCUUUGGGGUGAAGAACCUGCAAGCACACAUCAGACAUGGCACUGAAAUGGCUCAAUACUUUGAAUCUUUAGUCAGAAAAGAACCUUUCUUUGAAAUUCCUGCCCAAAGGCACCUUGGCCUGGUAGUUUUUCGUCUAAAGGGUCCAAAUUGUCUUACAGAUUGUUUGUUAAAGGAGAUAGUUAAUACUGGCCGUCUCUUCCUCAUCCGAGCCACCAUUCAGAACAAGCUCAUUAUCCGUUUCACUGUGACAUCACAGUUUACUACCAAGGAUGACAUCUUGAGAGACUGGAAUAUCAUUCGAAACGCUGCCUCGCUCGUCCUGAGUCAGCACUGUACCUCCCAGCCAAGCCCACAGGUUGGAAACCUCAUUCCCCCAACCUGGCACCCCAAAGUUCUGACCAACGGAUCCUCCCUUCAGUCUGUCAGUGGGGCAGGAGGUGACCCGGCCCAGGCAGGGAAGAUUAGUCAGCAGCCUGUGGGAAUGGGGCCUGUGAGAAGGGAAAGCAGCAGCCAUCUUGAAACCCAGCUGAAGUCACUGGAUGACUGCUUUUAUGAAGAGGCACCGGAUGACACCAAGCACAAAUUCUCCUCCUUUCUGUUUGGUUAUGUGUCUGUGCAGAACAAGAGGAAGACAGUCCGCUCCCUCAGCUGCAACAGUGUGCCCGUGAGUGCCCAAAGGCCACUGUUCACAGAGGGCUCCUCCGGACUCUUCUCUGGGUUUCCUGAGGAGAUGAUGCUGCUGAAGGAAAGUGCCUUCAAAAAACUAAUCAAGUUCUACAGUGUCCCCAGUUUUCCUGAAUGCAACUCCCAGUGUGGGCUCCAGUUGCCCUGCUGCCCUCUGCAGGCCACGGUGUAG